AGGAUCAUCCAUCCAAGCAUGCCUCAGAAAAUAGAAAUCCCAAUUCCAGCUCCAUAGACACCAUUAGCAUUAGAGGGAGGGUGCAGCAGCAGGAGUCGAAGGUUCUCUUCUCCAAAGGCGCCGAAGUUCUUCAGCUUCGCAAGUAAGUGAUAAUCAAUGGCUUAUAGGCUUCCACAGGCAGGAGUUAGGACUUCCAAUUUCGAGCGUAGGGAGCUUCCAUCAAACAGCUACCUUGAUCUGGGUGGGCCUUAUGGAAAAUUUGUGCCUUUCAUAAUCGCUGGUGAAGGGGGCUUUGGGGAGCAUAAGCAGCUCAACUGGACAAACUUGUUUUUACUGAACAAGCUUGGCAGUGACAUAGGCAGCGAUCAUGAUGAGGUGAUCAAUCAAAUCAAAGUAGAGAAAGAUGUUGAAAAAAUAAAAGAGCUGAUAAAGCGACUGCCUCGUGAAAUUUCUGAGCAAUUGGAAGGCCAUGAGACCCAUGAACAGGUUGCAAUCCUGGCAGAUCUGAGUAGGAACAUGGAUCAGAGGAUGUCCUAUCUCAGCACAGAGAUCCGGCGUCUAAGGAGCGACCUGGGAGAGGCGAUGCAAGGUAUCAGAGAGAUACGUGAAGCAUUGGCUAGGAUGGAGCGCCAAAAUCCUUGCUUCCGUUCAUGAACAAAUGCAACAAGCCCUGGAGUUAGUGCUGCUGGCAGCUGCGUAUUUGCAUUUCGUACUUGUGUGUAUUGUAUUGUAAUGAAUAAAAUUAUGCGCUCCUUGCAGCGUAUAUCGUUGUACGAGUUAUAGUCGGUUGAGUUUUUGUUAGCAACAUGUGUAUGUCUGAACUGUCUGCACUUUGUUGUUAUUGUCAAGUGUUUGUAAUGAAUAAAAUUAUGUGCAGCUUGAUGCGCAAAAA